AUGACCAGUUAUGGCGGCCCGUCCAUACUGAACCCAGAUUUUCGACGCACACUCGGGGGUGUCGUCGGUGUCACUGGGCCGUUGCCGAUGGUUUCUCCGCCAGGUCCCGAUGCCUCUGCCCUGCGAACCACCGCCGCCAGAUCCAACGGCCCGGUAUUAGGAUCUAUCUUAUCUGGUGGUUCUGGUCCUGGGCCUAUCCCUGGGCCUGGCGUUGCUCAGGGGGACAGCUCUCAGCCAAUGAAAAAACGACGAGGGGGGAAUCGGAGGGCCUGUAACGAGUGCAAACAGCAGAAGCUUCGAUGUGAUAUUGUCCAGGCUCCGGCAUCGACAUCAGCCCGCUCGCCUUGCUCACGAUGCAAGAGGUUGAACAUUGACUGCAAGGUAGAACAGUCUUUUAAACGUAUUUCCAAAAGACGUCGCAAUGCGGAAAUGGAAAGAGAGAUUGCCGACCUUCGUCGAAGGCUCGCCACUGGCGAGCGUGCCGAAGGUCUAGUUGAUGGUGACAACCACGAGAUGAAUCAUUCUUCUGGAGAAGUCUAUUACGAUGCUCAUUCUCCACCUACGUCGUCACGAGCACAAUCUUUAUCUGCCUCGGUCGAUCAUCACCCAUCGCCGUUGAGACGAUCAUUGGUACCGACGGAGAGCCCUAUUUCUCAUAGCCCCAAUGCAUGGGUCCUCGAGGACAUUUCGCUGUCGAAGCAGCGUGUUGAUCGGCUUUUUGACCAAUAUUUUAAAUUCUAUCACCCAUUCCUUCCUCUGCUGGACCCAACAAAAGACCCCGAAGAAUGCCGCAGCUGCUCCGAUGUUCUGGCAUGGACAGUCAUUUGUGUGUCUAGCCGGCGUUGUCCAUAUGAGUCUGGAUUACUGGUUUCGUUGUCGGCUCCGUUUAGUAGGCUGCUAUGGGCGAAUAUCAGCAAUGUCCCGCAGAAUUAUCAUGUCGUCAAGGCACUCUGUCUGUUGUGUACAUGGCCUCUGCCGACUACAAGUCAGAAAAGUGAUCAGACUUUUAUGUUGAGUGGCUUGAUGAUGAAUCUGGCUAUGCAGCUGGGUCUGCAUCGUCCUGUGCAGCCAGAAGAGUUUACCACGUUUCGAAUGGAGGUUCGCGGAGAGGAAUUGAAGGAUCGUCUGCAGACGUGGGUUCUUUGCAAUCUUGUUGCACAGAACGUCGCUACUGGGUAUGGUCAACCGCCGAGCACCAUCUACGACUGGGCUUUGGAACCAGCUUCUCUCAAAGCAGCCGAUUACCGGCUACCCGAAGAACUCAAAGUGAGACUGCGAAUUGAAAAAUUUUGCGACCGAGUCACGAGAAGUCUAUACAAUGGACGACCGGAGCCGUCGGAAUUCUUGAGCAUGGACAAACUGCUUCUUGUGGGGAUUUUGGAGAACGAAUUGAAAGAGAUGGAACUGGAUUUUGGUGACAAUCUUUCACAAAUCAACUUGAUACACUUGCGGGCGGCAAAUCUGCAUCUUCGAUAUUUCGUAUUUCUGAGCCAAAAUGCCAGAAGUGAGGAUUUAACCAACCUCUUCCUCGCAACAACAUCCUUCCUCGGGCGCGUACUCGAGCUCGAGACAUCUCCUGGAAAUUUACUCAUCCACGCCACCAACUACAUCCUCCAAAUGAUUGUCUCGGCCGCAUUCGCGCUGAUGAAACUUCUCAAAAGCUCAUUCGCGCGACAAAUCGACAUUGAUCAUGGCAAAUUCCUGUUCAACGGCGCCAUUUCAUCAAUCCGCCGAAUCAGCGUAGUUGACAACGACCGACCCGUUCGCUUGGCGAAUGUCAUAUCCCAAAUGUGGAAUGCAGGCAGUUCGGGCGACGAUGCGCUCCAUCUCGGGAUCCGAAGCCGAAUGAGUAUGAGCCAUGUGUACGAUACAGUGUGGCGCUGGCGACGACGAUUCAAGCAACAAAAAGCCCCUGACGACUCACAAGGAACCAUAACCCAACCCCAAACCACAACCGGGGCCACCGGCCCGCAACCCGACCAUGCCCUGAACAAUGCAUCGUGGAUGCUGCCAGCCAGUUUCGAGGACAACGCCUUUAUGAACGAAGCCAGCUUUUCGGAUUUCUUCGAUUCCUUGAACUGGGUUUUCGACGGUGUGCCUGAUUCUAUUAUUGCGCCGCCCAUUCUGUGA